AGUGACGUGAAGCCACCGGAGGUGUCGUUGCUGUGUUGCGCGACUGGGCCUGAACGUGCAAGGGGGCUUGGACCCGGGAAGCUAUCACCAUGUCGAUUGAAAUCGAGUCCUCGGAUGUGAUCCGUCUCAUCAUGCAGUACCUGAAGGAAAACAGUUUGCAUCGGGCGUUGGCCACUUUACAGGAAGAGACUACUGUGUCUCUGAAUACUGUGGACAGCAUUGAGAGUUUUGUGGCUGAUAUUAAUAGUGGCCAUUGGGAUACUGUUUUACAAGCUAUACAGUCUCUGAAAUUGCCAGACAAAACCCUCAUUGACCUCUAUGAACAGGUUGUUCUGGAAUUGAUAGAACUGCGUGAGUUGGGUGCUGCCAGGUCACUUCUGAGGCAGACUGACCCUAUGAUCAUGUUGAAGCAAACACAGCCAGAGCGGUACAUUCAUCUGGAGAACCUCUUGGCCAGGUCUUAUUUUGAUCCUCGUGAGGCAUAUCCAGAUGGAAGUAGCAAAGAGAAGAGGAGAGCAGCAAUUGCCCAGGCUCUAGCUGGGGAAGUCAGUGUGGUGCCUCCGUCUCGUCUCAUGGCAUUGCUGGGACAGGCACUGAAGUGGCAGCAGCACCAGGGGCUGCUUCCUCCUGGUAUGACCAUAGAUUUGUUUAGAGGCAAAGCAGCUGUUAAAGAUGUGGAAGAAGAAAAGUUUCCCACGCAGUUGAGCAGGCACAUUAAGUUUGGUCAGAAAUCACAUGUGGAGUGUGCUCGAUUUUCUCCAGAUGGUCAGUAUCUGGUCACUGGGUCUGUUGAUGGCUUCAUUGAAGUAUGGAACUUUACUACUGGAAAAAUUCGGAAGGAUCUUAAGUACCAGGCCCAGGAUAACUUUAUGAUGAUGGAUGAUGCUGUCCUCUGCAUGUGUUUCAGCAGAGAUACAGAAAUGUUAGCAACUGGGGCUCAGGAUGGAAAAAUCAAGGUAUGGAAGAUUCAGAGUGGCCAGUGUUUAAGGAGAUUUGAAAGGGCACACAGUAAAGGCGUCACCUGUCUAAGCUUUUCUAAGGAUAGCAGUCAGAUCCUUAGUGCCUCUUUUGACCAGACAAUUAGAAUUCAUGGUUUAAAAUCUGGGAAAACACUGAAGGAAUUUCGGGGCCAUUCUUCCUUUGUUAACGAGGCAACAUUUACCCAAGAUGGCCAUUACAUCAUCAGUGCGUCCUCUGAUGGCACUGUGAAGAUCUGGAAUAUGAAGACCACAGAAUGUUCAAACACCUUUAAAUCCCUGGGCAGCACAGCGGGGACAGAUAUUACUGUCAACAGUGUGAUUCUGCUUCCUAAAAACCCGGAGCACUUUGUGGUGUGCAACAGGUCCAACACCGUGGUCAUCAUGAACAUGCAGGGACAGAUCGUCAGAAGCUUCAGCUCCGGUAAGAGAGAAGGUGGCGACUUCGUCUGCUGCGCCCUCUCCCCCCGGGGUGAAUGGAUCUACUGCGUGGGGGAGGACUUUGUGCUCUACUGUUUCAGCACAGUCACUGGCAAACUGGAGAGAACUUUGACGGUUCACGAGAAGGAUGUGAUUGGUAUUGCACAUCACCCUCAUCAGAACCUGAUUGCUACCUACAGUGAAGACGGACUGCUAAAGCUCUGGAAACCCUAACUCUCUCAACCAGCUUGGAAGCAUGUACUUAAAUGAAGACAGAUCCAUGAGUUGCUCCCCGCUCCCCAGCCCCUGCCCUGAGGCCAGCUUUUCUAAGUGAACAGAUCAUCUUAAUUAGGUACAAGAAUACUUUUGUGAAAAUUCGUGUUGCAGUAGCAGUAAUCCUUUUUUUAAAUGUAUUUUUAAGGUAUUAGUUUAUCUGUUUCUAACUGGGGUUGUCACUUAUGUUUUCAUUAAUCUACCUAGAGCGUAAAAUACUGGUAUUUCUUAGAAAAAGAUUGUACCCCUUUGAUUAUCUGAAAUGCUGAUUAAAAUGUGCCUCCUAUAUUAAAACUUGUAAAUAAGGAACUACCCCUUAAUUCAGUAGCUAUUUUUUUUAAGAUGUUAAUAAACUUUACACCUUUCUGGAGA